AUGAAGAGCAACUUGUAUGGGUGUAUUGCCAGCAUGAGCAGGAGAAGUAUGACGUGUAUUCAUGUUGCCAAGCAUCGCAGAGACCUCGCCGCCAGCCAAAAGAGCAACCAAAAGGAGGCCACUGGCGCCAGCUUCUUCACUCGAACGUGCCCACGUUGCCUGCUCCAUACGCUGCAGCAGACAGGGAAUCCUUCUACCUAG